CCCGAAUUUCUCAAUGGAAUAGCCGUUACCAUCCCACCACCAAAAGCAUAAAAUCGAAACAAAAAACUUUAAAACCACUUUCCACGCUCCUUGUGAGGUGGUUACACGCACGCGUCAACCACUUCGCCUGAAUUUCCCUCCCACGCUCUCACCAAGCGCUUAAACCUAACUUCCCACUAAAGACAAAAACAAAUUUCGCCGGGAAAAAUGACGUGAGUUAUCAAGACAAGGAAGGGAAGAAGGAUGUGCGUAGGUUAAGAGGGAGGGGUGCGUAGGAUAAGAAGCCACCUGGUGCGCACAUUAGCGAUAGUGGAAAGAUGGGCAAUUCUUUAAUAAUUAAUAAAUUUGUUUUUUUUAAUAUAAUGUAAAAAUUGUUAAUGGUAUUGCUGUCGACUCAGUAUAUUGUGUAAGAUCACGAUAACACAGACAAAUGCAAAGUGAUAAUUAGAAAAAGAAAUUUAUACGGAAGAAUACAAAAUAUUAUUAGUAGAAAAAAAAGAAUAUUUUAAAAAGAAAAUAUAAAAGAUUGGUGGAACAGUUUGAAUGGGGUGUAUUAAGGUGUGGUGCUCUCUGUAGGAUUGAUGUUAGGAGUGAUGAGACAGAGGGCGAUUUCAGAUACAAGAAGGAGCCAUUGCCUGUUUAAUUUCAACUCUUUUUUUUUUUUUUUUGUGCUGUUUUUGGACCUAUAAUUUUAGCGGGAAACCCUUUCUAACGACCCUUCAAACGAGAAGGUUGGUUUUUCCGUUUUCUUCUUCUUCUCUCUUUUUUGAAAAAUUUUGGUGGGUGUUUGGUUUCCGGGAGAGUUGGGGGAGAAAAAUAACACAAAAAUAUAACAUUCAAAAACUGGUUAAGUUGUUUAAACACAGGGUGUUUUCAAGUAUUGUGUUUUUCCUUUGAAUUAAACUUUUUUUCGGUUUAAUUGGAGUUUUCUCUGUUAUUUUUGUUUUUAUGUAAGAUGUAAAUUAAGAGAAGUAUUGAAAUUUUUUGGGGUUAAGGAAAUGGAUUUUUAUUCAUUUACUUUUUUGGCUAAUUUCAUUGGUUCUGGGUUUAGCAUUUAAUUGUUAGCUAUGCAUCUUUUAUUUCUCUUUUCUCUAUCUUGGAUGAUUUUUUUUUUGUGGAACUUUUGUUCAGAGGUGAAAAAAUAGAUGGGAUAAAUAUUGAUUAUUAAUCAUGUUUCCUUUCAGAUUUGAUUUUCGGGACUUUAAGCUCUCAAUGCCUAUAAUAUCAAUCUAACUUGUACAAAAGCUGCCAUCAUUAUCAAUUCCAGAAGCAUGGACUUUCCAUCCACCCAGUUUGUGCCUUCAAGAAUGAUGGGUACCUAUCAGCCUAUCCACCAGAUUGGCAUGUGGGGGGAAAAUUUCAAGAGUAUUGGCAAUCCCAGUAUAUCUGCAUCAGUGAUUGUUGAAGUGGAUAAUAAGCUAGAAAACGAGUCUGAGACUGCUUCACAUGAAAUGCCAGCACCUUCUUGCAAGCAUGACCAAGAAGCAAGUAAACCUUUUGAUAAGAUACAAAGACGUCUUGCACAAAAUCGUGAGGCUGCUCGUAAAAGCCGUUUGCGGAAAAAGGCAUAUGUUCAACAGUUAGAAAGUAGUCGUUUAAAGUUGAUGCAAUUGGAGAAAGAGCUUGAACAAGCAAGAGAACAGCAGGGUCUUUAUAUUGGUGGAGGGUUAGAAGCUGGUCAUCUUGGAUUUUCCGGAGCAGUAAGCCCAGGGAUUGCUGUGUUUGAGAUGGAGUACAAACAUUGGAUGCAAGAACAAAACAGACAAUUAGGUGAACUGAGAACUGCUUUGAAUGCCCAGAUAAGUGAUAUUGAGCUUCGGAUAGUUGUAGAAAAUGGCAUGAGCCACUAUUUUGAACUUUUCCGCAUGAAAUCAACCGUUGCCAAGGCUGAUGUUUUCUAUGUGAUGUCUGGUACGUGGAAAACACCAGCAGAGAGAUUUUUCUCAUGGAUUGGUGGAUUUCGGCCUUCAGAACUUCUUAAGGUGCUCGUGGCUCAGCUAGACCCCUUGACAGACCAGCAAAUUUUUGAAGUUUGUAACCUGAAACAAUCAUGUCAGCAAGCUGAAGAUGCCCUUUCGCAAGGCAUGGAGAAACUCCAGGAGACUGUAUCUGCGACUUUAGCAGCUGGUCAACUGGGCCAAGGUACAUACUUUCCUCAGGUGGCUAUGGCAAUGGAGAAGUUAGAAGCUCUAGUCUGCUUUGUGAACCAGGCUGACCACCUACGGCAAGAAACACUACAACAGAUGUCUCACAUCCUAACAACUCGACAGGCAGCUAGAGGCUUGCUUGCUUUGGGAGAAUACAUCCAACGUCUUCAAGAUUUGAGUACACUAUGGGCUACCCAUCCUCGUGAACCUGCCUAGCCUUACAGUAGAAGAUAUUGGAUGAUCACUGCAAGAACUGUUCGUCCUGCAAACAGACAUGCCUUUUGGUAAAUGCCAUUAUAAAGAUAAGUAGCAUCGAUUUAUGCAGUCCACAUUUUUUUGAAGCAGCUUAUCAGAAAACUGAGGUCUGAGAUGUUGAACAUAUGAAUAGUUAAUUUUACUUGGGGAAGGUUGAGAUCAAAUCGAUUUUCAAUGCUUUAUUGUACAUUAUGUAUAAUCUUAAAAGUGUGUAUAUACAUAGGUUCUACAUUUGAGUCAUAUAUAGCAGUUGAAACUUCUAUGCAAAAUUUAUUGUUCUUUCUGUAUCAUGGACAUGGCCAAUGCUGAUUGUCAAAAGUUGCACAUGCAUUGGAUCAUUCAUUGGAUGUUAAUAAAGUUUCACUUAAUAUUAA